AUGGUCGAGUAUGCUGAGGUGGCUAUGGGGCCAAAGUACAGCUCUCAUGCUGGACUCCAGUUGUCCGCCCUGCUGCUGGUACUGUGUCUCUUUGCUCUUCAACAACGGGUAGCAGAAUUGGAAAAAAUUAAUGCAGACUUUUUACGUGCACAACAGCAGCUUGAACAAGAAUUUAAUCAAAAGAGAGCAAAGUUUAAGGAGUUAUAUUUGGCUAAAGAGGAGGAUCUGAAAAGGCAAAAUGCAGUGUUACAGGCUGCACAAGAUGAUUUGGGUCAACUUCGGACACAGCUAUGGGAAGCUCAAGCAGAGAUGGAGAAUAUUAAGGCCAUUGCCACAGUCUCUGAGAAUACCAAGCAAGAAGCUAUAGAUGAAGUGAAAAGACAAUGGAGGGAAGAAGUUGCUUCACUUCAGGCUGUAAUGAAAGAAACAGUUCGAGACUAUGAGCAUCAGUUCCACCUUAGGCUGGAGCAGGAGCGAGCACAGUGGACACAGUAUCGAGAAUCUGCAGAAAGAGAAAUAGCUGACUUAAGGAGAAGGCUGUCUGAAGGUCAAGAGGAGGAAAAUUUAGAAAAUGAAAUGAAAAAGGCUCAAGAGGAUGCCGAAAAGCUUCGGUCUGUUGUGAUGCCGAUGGAGAAGGAAAUUGCAGCUUUGAAAGAUAAACUAACAGAAUCUGAAGAUAAAAUUAAAGAGCUGGAGGCCUCAAAGGUCAAGGAACUGAAUCAUUAUCUGGAAGCUGAGAAAUCUUGCAGGACUGACUUAGAGAUGUAUGUGGCUGUACUGAACACUCAGAAAUCUGUUCUACAGGAAGAUGCUGAGAAACUGCGCAAAGAGUUGCAUGAAGUUUGCCACCUCUUGGAACAAGAACGACAACAGCACAACCAGUUAAAACACACGUGGCAGAAGGCCAAUGACCAGUUUUUGGAAUCUCAGCGUUUGCUGAUGAGGGACAUGCAGCGAAUGGAAAUUGUGCUAACUUCAGAACAGCUCCGACAAGUUGAAGAGAUGAAGAAAAAAGAUCAGGAGGAAGAUGAACAACAAAGACUUAAUAAGAGAAAGGAUCAUAAAAAAACAGAUAUUGAGGAAGAAGUAAAAAUACCAGUAGUAUGUGCUUUAACUCAGGAAGAACCUUCAACCCAGUUAUCAAAUGAAGAGGAACAUUUAGACAGUACUCAUGGUUCAGUCCACUCCUUAGAUGCAGACUUACUAUUGCCGUCUGGAGACUCAUUCAGUAAAUCAGACAAUGACAUGUUUAAAGAUGGACUUAGGAGAGCACAGUCUACAGACAGCUUGGGGACCUCGGGCUCAUUGCAAUCCAAAGCUUUAGGCUAUAACUACAAAGCAAAAUCUGCCGGGAACCUAGACGAAUCCGAUUUUGGACCAUUGGUAGGAGCGGAUUCCGUGUCUGAGAACUUUGAUACUGCUUCCCUUGGAUCUCUACAAAUGCCAAGUGGGUUUAUGUUAACCAAAGAUCAGGAAAGAGCGAUCAAAGCGAUGACACCAGAACAAGAAGAGACAGCCUCGCUCCUCUCCAGUGUCACCCAGGGUACAGAAAAUGCUUACGUGUCUCCCAGCGGUUACCGUUUGGUCAGUGAGACGGAAUGGAAUCUCCUGCAGAAAGAGGUACAUAAUGCUGGAAACAAACUUGGUAGACGUUGUGAUAUGUGUUCCAAUUAUGAGAAACAGUUACAAGGAAUUCAGAUUCAGGAGGCUGAAACAAGAGACCAGGUGAAAAAACUACAGGUGAUGUUAAGACAAGCUAAUGAUCAGUUAGAGAAAACAAUGAAAGAUAAACAGGAGCUGGAAGACUUCAUAAAGCAGAGCACUGAAGAGUCAAGUCAUCAAAUCUCUGCACUUGUCCUAAGGGCCCAAGCAUCUGAGAUUUUACUUGAAGAGUUACAACAGGGAUUUUCCCAAGCAAAGAGAGAGGUUCAGGAACAGAUGGCAGUGCUGAUGCAAUCACGGGAACAGGUUUCAGAAGAGCUGGUGAGGUUACAGAAAGAUAAUGACAGUCUCCGGGGAAAGCAUAGUUUGCAUGUGUCCUUACAGCAAGCAGAAGACUUCAUCCUUCCAGACACUGCAGAGGAACUCCGGGAGUUGGUGUUAAAAUACCGUGAGAACAUCAUUAAUGUGAGGACAGCAGCAGACCACAUGGAAGAAAAGUUGAAGGCUGAAAUACUUUUUCUAAAAGAGCAGAUUCAAGCAGAACAGUGUUUAAAAGAAAACCUUGAAGAAACUCUGCAGUUAGAAAUAGAAAACUGCAAAGAAGAAAUAGCUUCCAUUUCUAGCUUGAAAGCUGAAUUAGAAAGAAUAAAAGUAGAAAAAGGGCAGCUGGAGUCCACCUUAAGGGAGAAGUCUCAACUGCUUGAAAGCCUUCAGGAGAUGAAAAGCACUCUGGAAGAACAGCUAAAGAAAGAGACUGCUGCUAAGGUUUCUGUUGAACAGCUGAUGUUUGAGGAGAAGAACAAAGCCCAGAGACUGCAGACAGAAUUAGAUGUCAGUGAACAAGUACAGAGAGAUUUUGUAAAGCUUUCCCAGACCCUUCAGGUACAAUUAGAGAGGAUCCGGCAAGCUGACUCCCUAGAGAGAAUCCGGGCGAUUCUCAAUGAUACCAAACUGACAGACAUUAACCAGCUCCCAGAGACAUGA